CGGAUGAACGGACGUUUUGCAUUAAUAAGGUUUAAACACCCGUCCACGUCGCGAGAAUAUAGACGCACCGAGAGCCGCGGAGGCGCGACUCGAAAGAAUCGAAAGAAAAGGAAGGUUCACCCCGACUCGCGCGCGGCGGCGGCGAGAGUCGAAGUCGCAGACGCGGUUUCGACUCGGUCGUCUCCGGCGUCGGCGUCGGUACACCCCGCCCGGCUUUUGCUCUUUAUCACUCGUGGAUCUCCUCGUCCUCGUCCUCCUCGGGCGCGAGCUCCACGAGGUACUCCUGCACCUCGAACAGCGCCUUGUCCUUCCCCGGUACGGUGGCGCUGGAGUCGUCCCUCCACUGGAGUAUCGGCCGCUCGCACACGACGUCGCCGCUGUACAUGUCCUUGAACAGCCUCGUGAGCAGCCCGGCGGGGUGGCCGGCGUCGUGCGCGAACCUCUGCGCGGCGAAGAGCAUCGCCAUCUCCCGUCCCUCCUUGUCGUCCUUAUCCGGACCCCACACCACGGACUUGAGGAGCGGGAUGAACCUCUCCAGCUCCUCCAUCGGCCUGUCCGAGUCGCACUUGGACGCGUCCGGAAUGGCCGCGCGCAACGCGGCGAGCGCA